AUGCCACAAUCUCUAUCCUUGAGCACCCCACCGCAGGGACCCAUCAAGAGGCAGCGGUCUCAAGAGAUGCCGGUCAACGUCUCUCGGCCGGCUUCCAGGGGCCAGGGACAAUCUAAUGGUCUAGUUGGCAAGCCUGAUGACUCAGCAAAGCAGAUGAAUGUCAAGAUACCUGCCUAUCUGAACAAAACUCGAGCCAAGAUCUCGUCGGCUUUUCAGGAACUGGAGUGGAAGCAGAGAUACCGCCUUCAGCAUGCUUCGCAGAAUCCCCACACGUCUCCAUUCCGGAUCGAUCGCUCGUUGGCUGUCAUCAGUCGCAAUCGCUAUGGCAAUGUUCAGCCCUGGGAGUCGUCGAGAGUCAAACUGAGGAAGCCAAUUGGAGGGUCUGACUACGUCAAUGCGUCUCCCAUCACCCUCAAGAGUCGCCUCGCCAAAAGAUCCCGCAGUGGCUCUUCAACUCCAGCAUUGACCGGUCAGCCCCUGCUUCCCUCGAUAGCGCCAAUCGAAAGCAAAUACAUCGCUACUCAAGGUCCAAAGGAAGGUCAAUUCUCACACUUCUGGCACAUGGUCAUGCAAGAGACACCAGGCGAGGCUGGAGUCAUUAUCAUGCUCACACAGCUCUAUGAAGGGAACAAGGAGAAAUGCGCCCCGUACUUCCCUCUCGACAUGGAUAACCCGACAAUAAUCCUCCCUGCGCACGAAGAUGGGAAUGAUGAUGGAGAGACAGACGCCGUGGAUGAUGGUGAUCCCUUUCUGGACCCCCCUGCGAUAAGCGCUGAGACUGAUAGUGUUGGAACAGAUGCCGAAGACCCUCAAAGCGAGCCCCCAGGGGGUCCUGAAGACCAAGGGCAAGAAGCUCCUGCCCAAGAGCAAGGCCAAUGUGGCUCGGUCUCUCUCCUUUCCUUACAUUACGAUGCGAAGAUCGGUUGUGAAGUUCGAACCCUUCGAUUGACGAUCGAUGGCGAAUCCAAAUCAAUCUACCAUUACCUGUUCCAUGGUUGGCCAGAUUUUGGCAAACCAGAAGCAGAAGAUCGGAAGGCUCUCCUCGAACUGACCAAGGUGUCCAGAACCGUGGCGGGCGAUUCGCCCCGAAUUGUGCACUGUUCUGCUGGAGUCGGUCGGACAGGCACUUGGAUAGCACUGGACUUCCUCCUACAAGAGCUCGAAUCAGGCCGACUGGUCAACUGUUCGCCUCUGCAAACAGGUACGCAUACGCCGACAACAAACUCCAACGGCACAAGCACUUGGGGGAGAAGCGGACCUCCAAAAGCAAGCACGCCUGAUCCAAAAGAUGAUGAGGAUCUCAUAUGGGAAACGGUGAAUACGCUCCGCGAACAGCGUAUGAUGAUGGUGAUGAACGAAUUGCAAUACAGUUUCCUCUAUGAAGUCCUGAAGGAGGCGUUUAUUGAGAAGUACGCCGAGAAGGAGACUGGGCCCGUUGUCAUUGAAGUGCAAGAACCGAGCCCGAAAGUGGCCAGGAAGAGGUCACCCUUUGGUGGAAUGUUUCGUGGUGGCCGUGUGGGGACGGUCAAAGGCGAUGAGGAUACGGUGUCCGCGGACGGAGUUGAAGAGAGCGAAUCGGAAGCGGAGACAGAGAUUAUGGAGAAGGAGAAGGCCGGCGUGGAUGUGGAUAUGGACGAGGCUGUUACCGCCAGGCCGGCUGAAGAUGUGGAAGGCCAAGCAGGCAAAGAAGGUGACGUAGAUGAGGAUCCUUAUGCUGCUGUGGCGCCAGAGACGAUCCGUGAGGGACAAGAGAAGAAAGAACAGAACGUGGGACGUGAACACGAAGUCAAGUAA